AUGUACCACGUCGAACUGCUCCCCAGCGGCUCCAGCCACGCCACCCCGGGAUGGACCUACGUCGCUGAUCGGGGCUUCGACCCCGCCAAAGCCGCCAUCACACCCGCCAUCGGCCGCAAACGAGGCAUUCGCGACCCUGGCCGCGCCGAUCUGUCCUCGCGCCAGAACAAUGCCAUCGUGCGCCAUCUGGCCGAGCUCGAUCGCGAAAAUCACCGCGACGUGCAGAUCCCCAUCCCCGCCAAACAGAAAGACGCCGCCGGCAGAGUCCCAGAAGACGUUCCGCAACUACCUCGACGACGAGGAGGCUGCCCUGGCGCAGGCCGCCGCACAAGCCCCCGCGCAACGCUCCGCCCCAAACCGCAUCACAAAACCCUCAUCUUCCGCCUCCUCCCUCCGACGCGGCGCAACCCCUAA